AUGAAAUUAAAAAUGACUGUGUUAAAGAGCUUUCUUGUGAUCCAAUUAACACUAUAAGAAAUAAUAACUUUUUAGCAACAAUCACCCCUUCAUGCUUUAGGCUCUUCCUUUUCUUAAUAUCAAUUUACGAAUCUUUUUAUGAGAAAAUUUAAGAGAUUAACAUUAAAAUACAAGUUAUAAAAGAAUACGCAAGUAUAUUUUAGAUAUAAUUUCUCAGAUUAUUUUCUUUUUUAGAAUAGAGAUAUAUCAAAGUCUUAAAAAGAAGAUCCCAACUAUUUGCUUAUAUAACAUAUACAAGGCCUUUAAAUGAUAAUAUUUAAUUAAUGGUCAUCCCUAAUUUAUUCAAUUUAUGUAUGAAUUAGAUGGACUUUGAUGAUAUAAAAAAUUUACUAUUAUUGCAAAUGAAAAUCCUGAAUUUAUUAUAGUAUUUUUUAAAAAAGAGAAAUAAAUAAAUUUUUGAUGCAAUAAGCAAAACUAAUGUUAAACCUAUUUGUACUAUCAAACCCGAUAAAUUAGUGAUUAAAUCUGAAUUUACAUCAUAUAAAAGAAAUUUUCCAAAUGAUUUUAUUUAUUCUGAUCCAAUAGCAUUAUCAAGUAGUUCAAGUAUUUUUAGUUUUUCUAAAAUAGGAAUUAUGGUAACUACUUAGGAAGAUUCAAAAUAAAUCAUAACAUUUUCUGGAAAUUUUGAAUUAAUAUAUUUUAGAUUAGACUAAUACUACAUAGUAUCCAAAACUUCAAAGCAAUCUCCAGGAUUACCAGAUAAUAAAAUAAUAAAACUAGAUAGACCAAGGCCAAUAAGUAUAUAUAUAUUUAAAGUACAUAUUUUAUUAGAAAUUAUUCUUUGAG